CCUUUACCCUGCCUGUCUCCUUCUCCCCGCUCUGGCCCAGAUGAGUCCAGCUCCAGUGGUGGACAUCAGCGGUCCCCCCCGGAGCACAGGCCUCCCGCUGGUUCGGACACAGACAGCUCUGUGGAGGAGGAGAGUGACUUUGACACCAUGCCAGAAAUUGAGAGUGAUAAGAACAUCAUCCGCACUAAGGUGUUCCUCUAUCUAUCGGACUUGUCCAGGAAAGACCGAAGGAUUGUCAGCAAAAAAUACAAAAUCUAUUUCUGGAACAUCAUCACCAUUGCGGUGUUCUAUGCCCUGCCGGUCAUCCAGCUCGUCAUCACUUACCAGACGGUAGUGAAUGUGACGGGCAAUCAGGACAUCUGCUACUACAACUUCCUGUGUGCUCAUCCCCUUGGGGUGCUGAGUGCCUUCAACAACAUCCUCAGUAACGUGGGCCACAUGAUGCUGGGCUUUCUCUUCCUCCUCAUUGUGUUGCGCAGGGACAUCCUCCACCGUCGGGCCAUGGAGAUGAAAGAUAUCUACACCUUGGACUAUGGGAUCCCAAAGCAUUUUGGUCUCUUUUAUGCUAUGGGCAUUGCUCUGAUGAUGGAAGGGGUGCUCAGUGCCUGUUACCACGUCUGCCCUAAUUACUCCAAUUUCCAGUUUGACACCUCCUUCAUGUACAUGAUUGCAGGACUCUGCAUGCUCAAGCUCUACCAGACCCGGCAUCCAGACAUCAAUGCCAGCGCCUACUCUGCCUAUGCCUCGUUUGCUGUGGUGAUCUCCCUGGCUGUCCUUGGAGUGGUGUUUGGGAAAAACGACAUGUGGUUCUGGGUUAUUUUCUCAAUGAUCCACGUUUUGGCCUCACUGGCUCUCAGCACUCAGAUCUACUACAUGGGUCGCUUCAAGAUUGACAUGGGUGUAUUUCGGCGAGCAGUGAUGGUGCUGUACACGGACUGUAUCCAGCAGUGCAGCCGACCAAUGUACAUGGAUAGGAUGGUGCUGCUCAUUGUUGGGAACCUAGUCAACUGGUCCUUUGCUAUCUUUGGUCUGGUGUACCGGCCCAGAGACUUCGCCUCCUACAUACUGGGAAUCUUCAUUUGUAACCUGCUCCUGUAUCUGGCCUUCUACAUCAUCAUGAAGCUCCGUAGCUCUGAGAAGCUCCUGCCCAUCCCCAUGUUCUGCAUCGUGGCCACAGCAGUGGUGUGGGCAGCUGCCCUCUACUUCUUCUUCCAGACCCUCAGCAGCUGGGAGGAGACUCCAGCAGAGUCCCGGGAAAAGAACCGGCCAUGCAUCCUGCUGGGAUUCUUUGAUGACCAUGAUGUCUGGCACUUCCUCUCUGCAGCUGCCUUGUUCUUCUCCUUUCUGGUCCUGCUGACCCUGGAUGAUGACCUGGAUACGGUGCGCAGGGACAAGAUCCCAGUGUUCUGAGUCCCCAGGGACAGGGACACAGAGGUGUCCCAAACCGCUCAGCCAAAUGCACUGGGCACUGGUGUCUGUGGAGAACGAGCCUGUUUGCACGGCCAACAGGCCAGUGGGAGCAGGGGAACCGGAUCCCACAGCAAGCAGGAAGGGGUUCUGUGGCAGCUGAGGUGGGAUCAGGAGGGAAGAUGAUGUUACUCCUUUCCCACCGCAUCCUCUGGGGCAGGCUUGAUCCAGAGGCCAGUGCACAGCCCUCUGGCUUGUGGGUGCAGUGGGUGCUGGAGCCAGUGAGGGGGGAGGAAACAGGAGGGGAGGCAUGUUAGACACCUUUGCUUCUCUUCCUUCCUGCUGAUGUGCUCCACUUCCUCUUUGGCAAGCAGGCUUGAGAAGUGCCAUACAAAUCUUCCUGCACAGAGAAUUAAUGCCUGCACUCUGCAGUCUACUGCCCUCAGAGAGUCCCUUCAGCAGCACAGGGAGAGCAUUUGGUUCCUGUACUGCAGCAGACGAGGGAGCAAAGGACUCCAAACUGAGGUGGCAGUGGGGGCACUGUGCUUUUUUUUUCCUCUUUUGUUGGAGAGACUCCUUCGGUAGCUGGUGGGGAACCAUGGUACCAAGGCUGCAGCGUUGGUGGGAGGUGGUGAACUGGAGCUGCCUGUGAGGGCUCUGCCAGACUCGGAGCCUCCUACAUUGCUCUCUUGCAGCCUCUCAGUCACUCCUGUUGAACAGCCACACUCCUCUGGUAGCUCCAGUGCUGGCACUUGGCAGCGUGCUGGUCUCUGUCAUGGCACGUGCACUCCUCAAGCAACCCAAAGAGAGGCCGCACAGCACAAUCACAGCCUUGUGUGGCAGCCCUUGGCUCCUGCUGUGUGCCUUGCCAAAGGGGCAGGGUGGAACAGGGAGGUUUUCCAGCAGCCUGACUUUCUCCUCUCAUGAACUUGCCUUGGACAACUUGGCAAAGCAGGUUCCCUUAUGGGCUGGGAGGGUGAAGGAGAUUUUGGGGCACUUGGUGUUGAGCUCUUCAGCUAACGAUGUGGACCAAAUUUUCUUCUUCAGCUUGUCUGAAUCUGAAAUGAGUUCUUUAAUGGCUUCUGCAUUCUUUUCAGUUUAUUCAUUGUUAAAAAAACCCCCAAGAAUAUGUGAAUUAUUUCAGGCCUUGCAUCUAAAAUGGGACCUGUUUUGCUAAUUUGCAAUUAAAAAGUGUUCUUUGAGCCCUGCUCUCCUUAUUCUUGUCUGCCUGAACAUUUUUACUUUGCAUUACUGGCUACAUGCACAUACACCAAAGGUUUCAUUCCACUUCUGCUUACUAAAGCAGAUGACUGGUGAAGUUUUACUCCCAGAGUCUGUAUCUCCUUGAAGAGUUCUGCACCAGCUGGUUUUUAUUAUUUUCUAAGUUGGAGUUUGCCAAGAUGGUUAAUAAAAUGGAUAUUCCUCGUU